AAAUCGUGGUGAAUUGAUUGUUUUAAAGCUGUUAUUGAUUUCUGUAAUGUCUCUAGAAUUACAUGAUUAUAGUUUAACUUUCAUUUUAAGCACCAAAAGAAUGUGCGCAUUGACGCAAAUAAAUAUCAUCAUGAGAUAGACACUUGAUGUUUGUUUGUUUUGUUUUGUUUUAGAUGUGGGCGCGCACUGGUCCUGGAUCAGUGUGAAUCACCAGGAGGAGGGGAUCUGCGGGGAUGUGAGGCGGUGUUAUCUUGCAGCAGGUCUCAAGUCUGUGCAGACUGAGACAGAAAAGAAGAGGGGGAAGAGGUCCCGAGGACAGGGUGGGCUGGGACUGUGGGUCCCUUUAUUUCUCGGAGAAGAAACGCAGGUGUGUGCCAACAAUGAGCGCCGUCAUGGGUUAAAGUGGCCCCCGGGAGCAAGGAGGGAACAAGCGGCGGCUUCGGUUCUGAAACGCUAUGAAGGCUCCGGCAUCCGAGGGUCCCCGGGCGCCACGGUGACAGCCAUGGAUCACUUUCUCCGGAGGAAGCGGGGCGGCCUGCUGAAGUCCCUGCUGAGUCUGUGUCUGGUCUUCGCGUCUUUCCUGAUGAUCCAGAAGCUGAAGCUAUCAGAGAAGUACAUGAGCAGGUGCGGCUCGGAGUGCUUCUCAAAGGAGAGGGUCGUCCAAAGCAACUUCUGGAGCACAGAGACCCCGGGUCCGGGCGACGACCAGGACCCGCAGCAGCAGCAGCAGGUGAGAGAGGCUCCGGGCUCCUGGGACGCACAGGUUCUCAACUGCAGCGAGGACGCCUCGGUGAAGAGCCAGGACUGGUUCCGACGCCUGGACCCGCGGUUCCACCAGUUCGUGCUGCACAGACACUGCAGGUACUUCCCCAUGCUCAUCAACCACCCGGAGAAGUGCGCGGACGGAGACGUGCACCUCCUCGUGGUCAUCAAGUCCGUCAUCGAGCAGCACGACCGGCGCGAGGCCGUGCGUAAAACCUGGGGCCGAGAGCUCACCGCGGACGGGAAGAAGAUCCGAACCCUGUUCCUGCUCGGAACCCCGACGGCGGACACCAAGAACCUCCAGAAGCUGAUCGAGUACGAGGACGUGAUCUACAAGGACAUCCUGCAGUGGGACUUCAUGGACACGUUCUUCAACCUGACCCUGAAGGAGGUCAACUUCCUCAAGUGGUUCCACAUCUACUGCCCCGGGGUGCGGUUCAUAUUCAAGGGGGACGACGACGUGUUCGUGAACACGCGCAACCUGCUGGAGCUCGUCCGCUUCAGGGUGGAGGAGCGCAGAGAGGCCGAGCUGUUCGUGGGGGACACCAUCUCCAAGGCCAUCCCCAUCCGCAACCGGCAGAGCAAAUACUACAUCCCCAAAGAGCUGUACGACCAGCCGUACCCGGCCUACGUCGGGGGCGGGGGGUUCCUCAUGUCCUCCCAGCUGGCCAGGAGGCUCCACGCGGCCUCGGAGGACGUGGAGCUGUACCCCAUAGACGACGUGUUCCUGGGGAUGUGCCUGAAGAAGCUCGGCGUGGCCCCGGAGAUGCACGCGGGCUUCAGGACCUUCGGCAUCACGCGGCACAAGGUGAGCCGCAUGAACAAGGAGCCGUGCUUCUACAAGGACCUCAUCGUGGUGCACAAGCUGAGCGCGCACGAGCUGCUCAGGAUGUGGAGCGUGGUGAACAACGAGGACCUGGUGUGCGCGCAAAGAGCGUCCGUAUAGGAGAC